UGCCACGGGAGUUGCAAACAAAACGUCGUCAUCGGUCAUCCGGAUGUGCCGUUGAAUUAAUUGAGUUUGUGGGGAAAUUAUGGGGAUCAUCUUCCAUGAUACCGCUUGUGGUUCUGUGACUCGACCGGUCCUCUUGAGUCCCGAUGCCCGGCAGACUAGAUCCCCGCACAUUUCCACACUGCUACGGGGGGUUGCCGGAGUACAUGCCCACAAUAGGUGUACAUGACCGAGCAGAGAACUUUCUCCUGCGGUUUAUGAUCGUUUCCGACCGGCCCAUUAUCUCUCACAGAAAAGUGUCCGUCCAGCGAUCUUGGUGCUGGUGUUUGUUGAUUUGGCACCCAACGGACGGCUUUGGAAGGGUAGACACAUAUGAUAGUUCGUCACGUCAGCGACGAUGAUCGAAUGAACUAUCAUCGUUUCAGGCCAGCAUUAUCAAAUUAAUACCCCGGCGUAUACGUAUGAACCAAAAAUGGGCCGAACAAGCUUUUCUCGAGAGCUCUAUUGAAGGC